AUGGAGCCUUCUUCCAAACGCCGGAGGCUUGCCCCCAAAGUCGCCGAUCCGCCCGUCCUGCCUCCUCACGCUCCGGCGUCCGUCCCGGUCCCGGUCCCGGUCCCGGCUCCAGCACCUCCACAUACUCAGGCGCAGCCUCCACCACACAGUUUCCCCCCAGAACAGCUUCCGCCUCCUCACUAUGCGCCCACCGAGUCUGUUGCGCCGCCACCCGAGCGGCACGAGUUCGAGGCUUUUGCUCGGCAUCUCCAAGAUGCCGCCAUGCACAUCCACCAGCAAACACUGAAGCCACAGCAUACCAGUGUGUCGGUGCUCAUGCUGCGAUGGGAGGAUGACACUUCGGUGGAGCAGGACCUGCUGGCGUUGGAAAAGGUGUUUAUUGAGCGUUACAACUAUCACACUGACAAGUGGGCAAUCCCCACGGUUCCAAAUCCAAGCAUCAAGCUCGGUGUUCAGAUGGCCUCGUUUCUGGACAAUGCCCGCCCAGAUCAUCUCUUGAUUAUAUAUUAUGCUGGCCAUGGCUAUGUUGGUUCCGACAACCAGCUCAAUGCUCGUGAGGAUGCUGCCAAGCUGAAGUGGGACGGUGUCCGGUGCCUGUUUGAGGAUGCACAGUCCGAAAUACUGCUCCUCCUUGACUCAUGUGCCAUCCCCAAUGCGCCCAUGGCUGGGAGCAACGUAGCCAAGCAAGCCAUCGCGGCAUACACCCCAGAGCAGACCCCCUUUGAGCCCGGCCCUCGCUCAUUUACCGCCUCUCUGACCGACACACUUCACAAGCUGAGUCUCACGAAUCGCCCUUUUAGUGCUCAACGAUUAUUCGAGGAUCUUCGACAACAAAGACAGCAUGAGAGCGCACAAGCUCUGGCCAGACUGGCCAACGGGGCCAGCAAGCAACCCGUGGCCCAUGAAAGGAUACCUGCUUUGUUUACGCUUACCCACACUAGGGGGCAUGGAAUCAUUCUGGUACCUCUGGACCCCAAAGCCGCCCAGCUUCAGUCGCCUCCCCAGUCUGCAGACACGGAUCUUCAGGGAACGUGGAAGUCCGGCCGUGAAGACCGGCCCUUGAGCUCUGAGGAGGUGAUGGGCCUGACGUUUGACGAACCAAGAGUCUUGGUGUGUACCACGUUUGUUGGCGACGCGAGUCCCGACAUGGCGUAUUUUAAUCAGUGGCUUCACAACACGCCUCCUGCAGCGUCAAAAAUCAAGGUGGAAGGCAUGUUCUUGGGCCCUCCCACGAUGCUUCUCAUAUCCAUGCCCAACAGCGUGUGGAAUGUUGUUCAGCACGACAAGGUGUGCUGCUUCCUGGGCUCCAUUGGGUCACAUAAUAUGAUCCACCUCUACGAGCGACUGGUAAAUCAGGCUGCCAACGGUUCGCUGCAGCCAAAAGAGCUAGAUGAGAACCGCACGGCGUUCGAAGCUCGCCCACCUGCAAAGGGUAGUCCAUCCGCUACUCGGCGCGAGCAAGCUGUGGCUCAGUACGUCCCCAUUCAGCAGGAAACACCGGGGCGUCAGGCGGAUUCACGUUCACAACCGGCAGUGGUCAACGGGGGGGCGAUAUCAGCGCCACCUCCGGCACCCCAAGGCCAGCAGCCUUCCGCUGUCCCCCAGGAAGAGGUGGAGGAAUCAGCUGAAAUGAAAGAAGCGGCAGAGCAGCUCAAAGCACUGAGCCACGUCCGUCACGUUAGUGAUGACGGCCUAUCGGCCCACGAUCCCUCAAACACACGAAUAGGCGACAGCAUCGCCGUGCGACAUGCCGGCGAUCCCGGAUCGCCCCCAGCUGAAGUGGCUGGGCCAACGGCCGACGAGAUCCAAUAUGCCCCCGAAUAUGGGACUCCUACCGCUAAGUCUAAAGCUCGGAGGCCCCUGCAGAAACAAACUCCCAAGCAGGAUACCCUUUGUGACCUCUGCAGUCAUGCACCUUUCAAGGAUUCCUCGUCGCUCCGAAAGCAUGUCGCUGCCGCCCACACAAGACCCUUUCCUUGUGCCUUCUCCUUCGCCGGCUGCCCGAGCACAUUUGGCUCCAAAAAUGAGUGGAAGAGGCACAUCGCAUCCCAGCAUCUGUGUCUGCAGUAUUAUCGAUGCUCUUCGUGUCCGCAGAGCAGUCCCGAUGGCAAAGGCAACGAGUUCAACCGCAAGGACUUGUUCACGCAACAUCUUCGGCGGAUGCAUGCUCCGUUCGCCAUCAAAAAGUCCAUCGCCAAGGGCGACAGCAAACUGCAGGUGGAAUGGGAAACUCAUGUCAAGGAGAUGCAGGCCUCUUGUUUGGUGACGAGGAGGCAACCACCACAACGCUCGGCCUGUCCGAAACAAGACUGCCAAAGUGUUUUUGAAGGACCCGGGUCCUGGGAUGAGUGGACCGAACACGUUGGCCGCCACAUGGAAAAGGGUGAGGCCCAGCAAAUGGGCGUUGACAGUCUACUGUCUGAUUGGGCGCUGGAGGAAGGUAUCAUUGAACGACUGGAGGACGGGGAAUACAAGCUUACAAGUGGGAAUGGGAAUGGAAACGGGGUUGCUGAGAGGGACUCCAACGGUCACGGCAACGGCAGCGGCAGCAGCAACAGCAAUACCAACAACUCUUUUUUGGUAGAUGGUGGGAAGAGGGAGGACGAAGACCCGUCCAUCACUGUAGCGAUAACGUUGCCAAUGGCUGACGAUAUGGAGGUGGAUUGA